UGUUGGACAGGAAGAGUAAGUACAUCAUGUUACAAAAGCUGUUUCAGUGUUGAGGUUGUAGGAAGUUGCUAGGAAUUUCUUUUCCUUAAGGUUAUUUGUAAAAUGUUUUGAUAACUAACAGCUGCAGAACCAGAGCACAGCAGCAGGUUUUUCUGUCUGAAAAAGGAUUAGUACCAUGAAGCUAGAGAUUCCAGAAACCUUUGAAGAUGUUGCAGUUGACUUUUCAAGCGAAGAGUGGAAGUUGUUGAGCAAAGGGGAGAAAUGGCUACAUCGUGAGGUGAUGGUACAGAAUUAUGAGCACAUGGUUUCACUAGGGUAUAACAUUCCAAUGGAACAGCUGUUGCUUAUAAUUGAAAAGCCUGGUGAACGUCCCUUUAAUGUGACAGAACAACAAGUGACGGUGCUUCAAAGGAGCCUUCCCAAGGUCAUCUCCAAGAUCAGCAGGUGGGAAAAACACCAGAAUCCAUUGGAUUUUAUGAAUUCUGAAUGCACUAAAAAUUUCACAGAUGACAUUACUGUUAAAAAACAUGAAGCUGAUCAUACUGGAAACCAGCAACAUAAAGUUGUGGAGUGUGAAAUGAGACUGAGUCAGGAAAAUGAGUUACAAUGUUACCUACAGACUUAUAAGAAGGUUUGUAGAUAUGGUAACUGUAAAAAGAGUUUCAUAUUUCCAUUCGGAUUCAGAACACACUAUCAUGCCAAAACCAGAGAGCAAUUUAGAAAUGGGUUCCAUUCUUAUCAUAGUAUUUACAAAUCCAGAACAUUUAGAGGUAUUAAAAAAACAGAGAAGUGUAAGGAUAAAGAGACCUUGCACCAAAAAGGCACCAGUGGAAAAAAACCCAAUCAGUUUAGCACACAUAUCAAGACUUUAACAGAGAAGCAUAAACCCCCACAACACACAACUGUUCUUAAUGGAGAGAGGCUGUAUAAAUGUAUUGCAUGUGACAAGAGCUUUACAAGGAAGAACCACUUAUUGAUCCACAAGAUGAUCCAUUCUAGGGAGAAGCCUUUUAAAUGCACAACAUGUAACAAAACUUUCACAAGGAAGAGCAGCCUUACUGUCCAUGAGAGAAUACACAGAGUGGAAAAGCAUUUGGAGAAAGUAAUAAGUGGUAAACCAUAUACAUGUGCCACGUAUGGCAGAUAUUUUACAGAAAAGGAAGGUCUCACAGAGCAUCAGCAAAAGUGCUCUACAGAGGAUAGAAAUCUCACAGUUCAUGUGCGAAGUCGCUAUGGAGAGAAAACCUAUAAAUGUGUAACAUGUGGCAAAACGUUUAAAAGCAAGGGUAAUCUUAAAGUUCAUGAAAAAAUCCACACUGGAAAUAAGCCAUAUAAAUGUACAACAUGUGGCAAGUGCUUUACAUAUAAGUGCAGUUUAACCGUUCAUAACAGAAGCCACAGUGGAGAGAAGCCAUAUAAGUGUACAAUUUGUGACAAGAGUUUUACAUUAAAGGGCAGCCUUACAAUCCACGAGAAUAUUCACACUGGAAACAAGUUAUAUAACUGUACAACAUGUGGUAAAAUUUUUAUGCGUAAAUGCAGCCUUACAGAACAUGAGAAAAUCCAUGUAGGAAACAGAUGCUAUAAAUGUGGCAUAUGUGGCAGUACUUUUACACUGAAGAGAUACCUUAGGGUCCAUGAAAAAAUUCAUAUUGGAGUUAAAUCCUAUGUUUGUGCCACGUGUGGCAAGAGCUUUAUUCAUAAAGGUUACCUUAGAGACCAUGAAAAAAGCCACACAGGAACCAGGUGCUAUAAAUGCAAUAUAUGUGGCAAUACUUUUACACUAAAGAGAUACCUCAUGGUUCAUGAGAAAAUCCACACUGGAAUUAAAUCCUACAAAUGUGCCACAUGUGGGAAGAGUUUUAUGCGUAAAAGCAACCUUAUAGACCAUGAGAAAACCCAUGUGGGAGACAGAUGUUAUAAAUGUGACACAUGCGGCAAAACUUUUACAUUGAAGCGAUACCUUAUGAUCCAUGAAAAAAUCCACACUGGCAUUAAAUCCUACAAAUGUGCCACAUGUGACAAGAGUUUUACUCAUAAAGGCAACCUUACAGACCAUGAGAAAAGUCACAUGGCAACCAGCUCCUAUAAAUGUGGUAUAUGUGGAAAUACUUUUACACUGAAAAGAUACCUUAGAGCCCAUGAGAAAAUCCACACUGGAAUCACCUAUAAAUGUGUCACAUGUGGCAACAGUUAUACGCAAAAAGGAUAUCUUAAAGUUCAUGAGAAAAUUCACACCACAAAUAAUAAUGUGACUUUUAAAAGCCAUAAAGCUGUUCAUACUGGAAACCAACGCAACAAAGCUUUAUAGGAAACUGUGAAAGAAAUGAAAAACAUUGGUAACACCAUCCAGUGCAAAAGAAAUUAAUACAUUCUUGAGAUACAUCUAUGUAGAUGCUGUUGAACACAAUAAAGAUGCUGAAUGGAUAAAAGAAACAUUUAAGGCACUCUAGCAUACAGAAUAUGAAAUAAAAUGAAAUAACUGGCAAAAGAGACGAAAGACAAAUGGAAAAGACCAGGUCUAGAUACUGUAAACAGUUUUCUUGCUAAAGCCACUAAUACUUGUAUUAAUUCAUAAAUUUGUUAAUUUAUCAAUAUGGAUAUGAUUUUAAAAAGCAAAAACAAAUCUAUGGUUUUCCAAGUAAAAACAUGCGGCUGUGAGAGCUGGAUUAUAAAUAAGGCUGUACACCAGAAAUUUGAUGCUGUUCAGCUGUGGUGUUGGGGAAAUGUUUUGAGAGUUCAGUGGACUACAACAUACAAAUCAGAUGCUACUUAAAGAAAUAAAUCAGACUGUUCACUGGAAGAUCUGCCAGUAAAACUAAAGUCAAGUACUUUGUCCACAUAAUAUGAAGACAGAAUUCUCUACAGAAGACGAUGGUGAGAAAGAUUUAAGGCAGCAGAAGAAGAAGGGUUCAGCAGAAGGUAAGAUGGGCCAGACACCAGUACUAAAGUAAUGAAUAUGAAGAUGCAAGAAAUUAAAGUAGUAGUUGCUGGCAAACAGGCUCGCCAUGCCAGAGUCCUUCUGCUCACAAAGAGUUGGACUCUAUUAAACAGCAACAACUAGCAUAUUUGUAUCAUUUAACUUUGAAUAAAAAUGAUCUGGAUGUACAUCAUGAAAUUAUACCAGUGUGCUUAACAAUGCAUAAAGUUAUGCUACUUCUUGAUAAUGAACUUGCAAGCCAUCUUAACACAUUCAGAGUAAUAAUUUGCCUUCCAACAGCCUAUACAUUGUACAUAGGAACAGAUGGAGAGGCUACAGUUGUUUAGAUAAAAAAAAACUGUCAUGACAAUUGACGGAAAAAUGAGUAAAAACAGAAUCAAGGAUAAUAUUUUACUAAACAAAGUUAUAAAUUAUGCUCUGUUUUUUCAGGAUUUUAUUAAGUAUUGCAUGGAUAGAUUGUGCAAAAGCAUUGGGUAGUAUUUCACAUAUUAAUAUCAUAAAAUGGUUGCAAUCUUGUCACUUUAAAUCUCAAAUACUAUGAAAAAAAUUGCAGGUCUAUCUAUAUUAGAGCCAUGAUAUGGGGCAUAUUCAAUCUGAUGUAUAAAAAUCCGGGAUAUUCCUGGGUGAUUCUGUAACACCAAUGUUGUUUUAUCUUCAGCCUACUUAAAGGAAAACU